AUGCACACGGCCAGUUAUUUAAUGCGAAAUACUAUAUUAUUAAAUCCCAGUAUAAAAUAUUCAGUCCGUUUGACUCGCAAUGUAACUAAAAUUGCAUCACAAUUACAGUGUAAGCCGGGACUUUUAAAAAACGUAUACAGUAAUGGACUAAAAGACUCUCGAGCAACCAGCAGCUUAAAGGGUUUUAUUACUUUUCCUCAGACUAUACAAGUUAAACAGUAUUCAACUGGUAACAAAAAUGAACCCGAAGAAGAAGAAAUUGAAGAAGUUAAAGAAGAAACCCCUCUAUUUUCCAGUCAACUCCCAGCAACUGUGGCAGUCCCAGAAGUGUGGCCACAAGUGCCUGUUAUAGCUAUUAAUAGAAACCCUGUUUUCCCUAGAUUUAUUAAGUUGAUAGAGAUUUCAAACCCAGCUCUAAUAGACCUUAUUCGACGUAAAGUGAAACUGAAUCAACCAUACAUUGGUAUCUUUCUGCGUAAGAAGGAGGAUGAUAAAACUGAUGUGGUAUCAAAUUUGGAUGACUUGCAUCAAGUCGGAGUGUUUGCACAAAUACAUGAAAUGCAGGAUAUGGACUUUAAGUUGAGGCUUGUCGUCAUGGCACAUCGGAGAAUUAAAAUUACUGGACAUUUUAUUGAAGAUGAAAUUGAAACUGGGCCAGCUGAAAUGAAGCUUAAGUUUCCUAUAUUUAAUACGGAAUUUAACGUUACCCGUGAAGAGACAGAUGCUGAAAGACGACGUAGAAAGUAUAGAAAUUCCCGAAAAAAGACUGAUGAAAAAGAGGUAAAGGAGACCAAAAAACUGCCGCCUGAUCAAGUUAUAAUGGUUAAAGUUGAGAAUGUCAUGCAUGAGAAAUUUAAGCAGAAUGAAGAAGUGAAAGCAUUAACACAAGAAGUGAUUAAGACUAUACGGGAUAUUAUUAACUUGAAUCCUUUGUAUAGAGAGUCAUUACAUCACAUGUUAGCUCAAGGUCAGAGAGUGGUGGAUAACCCUGUGUACUUAAGUGAUUUGGGAGCUGCCCUCACUGGGGCAGAACCAGCGGAAUUGCAGGCUGUGCUAGAAGAAAUGGAUAUUCCCAAGAGACUUAUGAUGUCCCUAUCUCUACUGAAGAAGGAGUAUGAGUUGUCUAAAUUACAACAGAAGAUUGGCAAAGAGGUUGAAGAAAAAGUCAAGCAACAACACCGGAAAUACAUACUUCAUGAACAGUUAAAGGUAAUUAAAAAGGAGUUAGGUCUCGAAAAAGAUGAUAAAGAUGCAAUAGGCGAGAAAUUCAAAGAGAGAUUAGCUGAAAAGACUGUACCAGAGGCUGUGCAAAUUGUAAUUGAUGAAGAGCUGAACAAACUUAACUUCUUAGAGAGCCACAGUUCUGAAUUUAAUGUUACCCGUUGUUAUCUCGACUGGCUGACAUCUCUCCCCUGGGGUAUUACGUCGGAGGAAAAUCUGAAGCUGGAAGACGCACAGAUUAUUCUAGAUGAAGACCACUACGGCAUGGAGGAUAUCAAGAAGCGAAUUUUAGAGUUCAUUGCUGUAUCACAGCUCAAAGGCAGCACUCAGGGAAAAAUAUUGUGUUUCCAUGGACCGCCUGGUGUUGGAAAGACUAGUAUAGCUCGGUCGAUUGCGCGCGCGCUUAAUCGUCAAUACUUCAGGUUUUCUGUGGGUGGAAUGACGGAUGUGGCCGAGAUUAAAGGUCAUAGGAGGACGUAUGUGGGAGCGAUGCCAGGGAAAUUGGUUCAGUGUUUGAAGAAAACCGGCACUGAGAACCCAUUGGUUCUAAUUGAUGAGGUGGACAAGAUUGGCAAAGGAGUUCACGGGGACCCCUCAUCAGCUCUUCUCGAACUUUUGGAUCCUGAGCAGAAUGCGAACUUCUUAGACCACUACUUGGAUGUUCCUGUAGAUUUAUCAAAGGUCCUUUUCAUUUGCACUGCGAAUGUCGUCGAUAUGAUACCAGAACCGCUGAAAGAUAGAAUGGAACUUAUUGAUAUGUCUGGUUAUGUGGCAGAAGAGAAGUUGGCAAUAGCUCAACAAUAUCUGGUUCCGACAGCACAAAAGAACUGCGGACUUAAUAACGACCAGUUAGACCUGACCUCGGAAGCUCUGCACACUCUUAUUAAAUCCUACUGCCGAGAAAGUGGUGUUCGAAAUCUACAGAAACAUAUUGAAAAGAUCGCCCGGAAAGUUGCUUUCAAGAUAGUUAAACAGGAGGCAGAUAAGUUAAAAGUGACUGAUGAAAAUUUAUCGGAUUUGGUUGGCAAACCUACCUUUAAACAUGAUCGGAUGUAUGAUAUCACACCCCCUGGCGUCAUCAUGGGAUUGGCUUGGACCGCAAUGGGUGGCAGCACUCUGUAUAUAGAAACGGCACUCCGCAAUAAGCACCAUGAAGAGAAAGCCAGUUCCGGGUCCCUGGAGCUGACUGGACAUCUUGGAGACGUUAUGAAGGAGUCUGCAAGAAUAGCCCUUACUGUCGCCAGAAAUUACCUGGACAAGCACAGCCUUGGCAAUACAUUUUUGAAUACUAGUCACCUACACCUCCAUGUGCCAGAAGGUGCGACACCAAAAGACGGACCUUCAGCCGGCGUAACCAUCACUACAGCUCUUCUAUCCCUGGCCCUAAAUAAAUCUGUCAAAUCGCAACUCGCUAUGACAGGGGAGAUUUCUCUUACAGGCCGAGUGCUGCCAGUUGGUGGAAUAAAAGAAAAAAUUAUUGCGGCAAAGCGUGUAGGCGUUACUUGUGUAAUACUACCAGAGGAAAACCGUCGAGACUACGAUGACCUUCCAGACUUUAUCAAGAAAGACAUUGAAAUACACUUUGUAAAUGACUAUCCAGAGGUCUUCAAUAUAGCCUUCGAGCAGGUCUGA